GACAUUGUCAGGGACGAGACAUGCCUCUUUUCUUCAAGCCUCUGAAAGUUACUUUUCACUGCGCUGCCGUUCCGUUUGUCAGCAGUUUCAGUUUGUCGGUUUUGCUGGUUGUGAAUAGUGAAGUCAGUAUAGUUAUAUAGUUAUAGACUAACAGUGUGAUGUUAGUGUAUAGACCGCUGGUUUGUUUACUCAGGCAUGGGACUGCAGUGAAGCUCUGUAGGACAGUCACCACCUGGUCACCUGUAGGAGCUGCUUUCAAUUCCAAAGUUCAGAAGAGACUAGACCUCUUUCAACAAAAUGUGGGGUUGUUUGGGGUCCCGGAGCUCAGCUCCUUGGAGGGUUUUGAUGUGGUCCAGGACAGAGCCCUGCAGGAGACAGAGCAGCUGGUGGAGAAAGCCUGCCGCUGCCCGCCAGGAGUCAAAACAGUGGAGAUAUUUGAUAAACUCUCAGACAGCCUGUGCAGAGUGGCAGACUUGGCAGACUUUAUCAAAGUAGCACACCCCGAUUCGUCCUAUCGGGAGGCUGCGGAGAGGACUUGUAUAAAGAUUGGCACUAUGGUGGAGAGGCUCAAUACUAACGUUGAAUUGUGUAAGAGUUUAAAGGACUUGUUGGAUAAUGAAGAGAUCAUGGCCAAAUUGGACCCAGAGACAAGAAGAGUAGCUGAACUGUUCAUGUUUGACUUUGAAAUAAGUGGAAUCCAUCUGGAUAAAAAAAAGAGGAAAGAAGCAGUGAACUUAAAUGUUAAGAUCUUGGAUCUGAGCAAUCAGUUUCUCAUGGGCUGUCACAUGCCAAACAGAAUAGAGAAGAAUGCUCUUCCUGAUCACCUUCACCAACACUUCACCAACGAGGGAAAUUACAUUCAGAUUGGAGGCCUGCAUGCUGAUGCACCUGAUGAUCUGGUAAGGGAAGUUGCAUAUAAAAUUUUUCUCUACCCCAAUGCAAAUUUGAUGCACAUACUUGAGGAACUGCUGACCUGCAGGGAUAAGCUGGCUCGAUUGGUUGGUUAUGAAUCUUAUGCACACAGAGCAUUAAAGGGAACCAUGGCCAAAAGCCCAGAGGCAGUCAUGAACUUCUUACAGCUUCUCACAGACAAACUCUCUGACAGGACUGAAAAGGAUUUUAAAAUGAUGAGGGAUAUGAAGACAAAACUCAACCCCAGAAAUCCAGAACUAAUGCCAUGGGACCAUCCAUACUUCAGUGGUGUGAUACGUGCUGAAAGAUUUAACAUUGAGCCAAGUCUGUACAGUCCGUAUUUCUCACUGGGGGCUUGUAUGGAAGGUCUGAACAGUGUUUUCACACAGCUGUAUGGUGUAUCGCUGCUGGCCGAGCAGCCCAGCCUGGGGGAAGUGUGGAGCAAAGACAUCCGCAAGCUGGCUGUGGUGCACGAAACAGAGGGUUUGCUGGGAUACAUCUACUGUGACUUCUUCUACAGGCCAGACAAACCCCACCAGGACUGCCAUUUCACCAUCCGUGGUGGGAGGCGGUUGGAUGAUGGCCAAUAUCAGCUGCCAGUGGUGGUUCUGAUGCUGAACCUGCCCCACGCCACUCGAUCUGCCCCCACACUUCUCAGCCCGGGCAUGAUGGAGAACCUCUUUCACGAGAUGGGCCAUGCAAUGCACUCCAUGCUGGGACGCACUCGUUACCAACACGUGACGGGAACACGGUGUGCCACUGAUUUUGCAGAGGUGCCAUCUAUUUUAAUGGAAUACUUUGCCACAGAUUAUCGCGUGAUUAACCAGUUUGCCCGGCAUUACCAGACAGGACAGCCUUUGCCGCAGAGCAUGGUGGCACGUCUCUGUGAGUCCAAGAAGGUCUGUGGUGCUGCAGACACUCAACUUCAGGUUUUCUAUGCAGUCCUGGAUCAAGUUUAUCAUGGAAAACCACAAAAUCAAUCAAUGACAGAUAUCUUGAUAGACAUGCAAAAGAAGUAUUAUGGCCUACCAUACGUCACCAACACCGCCUGGCAGCUGAGAUUCAGUCAUCUGGUCGGCUAUGGGGCGAAGUAUUACUCGUACCUGAUGUCACGGGCCGUGGCUUCCAUGGUGUGGAAGCAGUGUUUCCAUAAAGAUCCCUUGAACAGGGAAACCGGAGAGCGUUACCGCAGAGAGAUGCUGGCACAUGGGGGAGGGAAGGAGCCCAUGCUGAUGGUUGAAGGCAUGUUGCAGGAAAGACCCUCCAUUGAGGACUUUGUCAACGCUCUCGUGACUGACCUCGACCCUGACUUUGAAACGUUCAUCAUGGAUUCUGAAGGCUGAACUGCAACAAUUAUGUAGAAGAAACGGUGACAAUUAUUUCACAGAAGUGCACUGUGGUUUGUGUGUGUGUGUGUGUGUAUAUAUAUAUAUAUAUAUAUAUAUAUAUAUAUAUAUAUAUAUAUAUAUAUAUAUAUAUAUAUAUAUAUAUAUACACACACCCGUAUGUAUAUGCAGGUGAAUCUCACAAAACCUCUCUAGAACAUAUUUGGGUCAUAUUUCACCCCAAAAUAAAAAGAAAGAAAUAGGAAAUUAUAUUUUGCUUAAGAAAACAAAGGCUAUUUUUAAGACACUUAAGAUGUUUUGCAUUGUGAAUUUCUUUUUAUUUGUAUUAUUAUUAUUAUUAUUAUUGCAAUUAAGCACUUUUUAACCCCUAAUUAUCAUUACCAUAAUGUCAAAAAAUUUAUAUAUAUUAUUUAAAUUGUAAAUCAUGGUAGUAUUUAAACUAUAAUGUUAAGUAAAAUAUGUAUUAGUUUAUUAGUUACUGAUAUACAGUAAAAAAUUACUUAAUUGUCAUGAAAAUAAUGUCGCAAUGCAAAGAAAUCGUAAUGGUCCUAAAAAUAGGCUUCAUUUUCUAUAUGCAAAAUAUAACGUUCUAAUUUAGAAAAUAUGACCCAGACAUAUUUUCAUAAGAUUCCCCCAUAUAAUGCCUUGAAAAAGGAAAACGUAAAUUACCUCUAAUUAUAUCUCUAAAAAUAUAAUGUGUUUUUCCAUGACAAAGUGUGUAAAGUGUUCAGAUAAUUCUGUAAUAAAAUGUUUUCAGAUAUUACUGCA